AUGAAGUUCUCUUUAAACAUUUUGCUAUCUUUGAUGGCGGUGGCCUCUGUGGAGGCUAUUCUGCCCAUCCAUAUUAAAAACUACAGGUUUAUCAAACCUUCUUCACCUGUUAAUAAUGCGACUUCGAACGAAGUGUUCUACGUGAAGGGUAUUGAUUAUCAACCUGGUGGAUCGUCUGCUUACAAAUCUGACUCCAAGACGGAUGUGCUCUCUGACCCUGAGAUUUGUGCCAGGGACGCCUUCGUGUUCCAACAGCUCGGUAUAAACACUGUCAGAAUAUACAGUGUCAAUCCGGACUUGAACCACGACAAAUGUAUGACUAUUUUGAACAACGCUGGUAUCUACGUCAUUUUGGACGUGAACAGUGGUAACUACGGUGAAAACUUGAACCGUGCUGACCCCAACGGAUCCUAUAACUCAUGGUACUUGUCCCGUGUCUUCAAAGUGAUCGAUGCGUUCAAGAAUUAUCCAAACUUGCUGGCUCUUUUCGCUGGUAACGAGGUGAUUAACGAUGAGAAGGACUACGCGGAAAUAGACCCACCUUUCAUCCGUGCCGUGCAGAGAGACAUGAAACAGUACAUCCAAAAACAUUCCAACAGAACAAUUCCAGUUGGUUACUCCGCCGCAAACAACGUUCAGUUGAGAUUGGCCAGUUUCAAGUACUUGCAGUGUAACUCCUUGGAUGGGAAGAAAGUUGAUCCAGUGUUGAACGAAUCAAGGUCCGAUUUCUUCGGGUUGAACACUUACGAGUGGUGCUCAGGGAGCUCCGACUGGACUUCCUCCGGUUACGAUAAACUGAACUCCACGUUCAGCGACGCUGUGAUCCCACUGAUCUUCUCCGAGUACGGUUGCAACAAAAACUUGCCAAGAACUUUCGACGAAGUUACCGAUGGACUGUAUCCAGACAACGGUCUAGGUAAAUUGUUUUCCGGUGGGUUGGUCUACGAAUACGCUGAGGAGGCCAACAACUACGGGUUGGUCGAUAUCGAUGACGAUGACGGAUCAAUCACUUACAAAACAGAUUUUGCCAACUUGAAGGAUCGUUUCAGCAAAGUGAACAACACUAUUGUAAAGGAAAAGACUCUUUCCAACAAUACCAUUUACAAGUGUGAUAACGCAUCUAUUACCAAGGCGUACCCUGGCUUCGGCACCAACAACUUCACCAUUCCAAAACAACCAGAAGGUAUCACCAACUUGAUUAAAUGGGGUGUCAACGGGACCAACGUUGGUAAGAUAUUGACAAACUACACUGUUCCAACUACAUUCAAUUACACAAUCACUGAUAACAACGGUAAGAAAGUUGACGCUAAAAUCUCCUACAACAAGAACAACACUCUCAACGUGCUGAAGGCUGCUGAGGAUGACAUCAACGACACCAUCUCUUCUUCUACUGAGGCCAGUUCUUAUGCAUCAACAACGACUUUGUCUUCAUCCUCGACUGUUCGUGAAUUGUCUUCUGCAGCAUCGUCAUCUUCUUCUUCCUCCUCCACGAGUUCGAGAAGCAGUCGUGGUGUCGCUGCUGUGGCCACGGUCCCAUCAAUCACCAGUGGAUUAUUCGCAUUCCUAAUAUCGGCUUUGCUGUGA